AUGAAUCGACUUCCCGCAGAAAUCAAGCAUAUCAUUGCAGAAUGCACACCAAUGGAAAGCCUGCGUGCACUCUGCCAGGUAAACCGAGAAUGGAAUAGAAUAGCUGCACCGCUCCUGUACGAACAUAUCAACAUACAUAUGUUGGAAGAGGGAGUUCCUCAAAAACUGUUCUGGCUGCCAGAUGCCAAUCGUGUGCUUGCUCACGUGAAACGACUGAGCAUCAUCGCCCAAUGGCAUCCAGACACUGGAAUCCAACCAGAUUAUACCUACAGCCACAAACAGUUUACCCUAGACGACGAAAAUCAGAAUAUCCCUCGACUUAGUCCCUGCCGAAAGGGAGAUUGGGCUGCCGCGAUUGAUCUCCUUCGACAGCUCCCUCCUUUGCGGGCUGUCGAUCUUCUUAUUUCUAUGGGUGGCCCAGUGGAGCUUCAUCAAGCCAUCUUACACUACCACCCUGCGUGUAGAUUGUCCGUUUACUCGAGUCCCCCUCCGGCUCAAGUCCGAAAUGUAAAACUAGGCGACUGGGUCCUUUUGCCCCGGCUGCACACCGCGCAUGUUACUUGUUUCGAAAAUCCGGACCGCAGGAAGUUCCGCGAACAUCCAGAUAGACUCCUCGAGGCGAUUGUUGCACGUGCACCUCAUGUCAAGAAGCUUGCCUUGCAGAUCUCUGCGGGCGGUCAUGUUGGUCCACGGCCGGACUACAAUGAGACCGUGGUAGUGGAAAGAGAGCCUGGCACGACGCCCGUGCGUGCGAAGCUCGAACUACUAUCCUGGCCUCUUAACACCGAGAUGCCAGCUCUGCAGUUCCUCAAAUGGGAUCGGAUUGUUGAUUAUAGCUGUCUGAAAUCGUGGUCCGUUGGCUGCGUCGAAGACUCCCGCCUACUUAGGGCAAUUACAGACCUCCGUCCCUUCCAACAAUUGACAGGGCUCACCCUCGCCCUAUUUCCACCGCAGAGAGACAGUCUAGAAUUCUGGUCAGCCACAGAGGCAAUGUUCGAUUCACUACCCCUGUUAAAAUAUCUCUGCCUCCUGGGCGCCUACAAGCCAAGCUUCCUCACCCAGGCAAUCCUCCGCAAGCACGGGCAAACAUUGCUCGAGCUGAAGCUGAACGAGGAAUCCGAUAAAUGGAACCAACAAGCCCUACGCAGACUUUCACAAAGGGGACCGUUUGGCCCCAAAUUCACUGCUGAGGAUAUCCGGUCCCUAGCAGCCCAGUGUCCUUCACUCGAAAAACUGCGGAUCUGCGUUCAACGCAAUCGAGGUUUCGAAACAGACGUAUAUACUGCUUUAGCCAACUUCCCAUGUCUCACAGAACUCGACCUCCUCCUGAACUGCCUGGCCCAAGUAGGCCCCAACGAAACCCCCAUCCCACCGCGCGACCUAACCGAGUUCGAAAAAGACCGAACACCGCGCACUUAUUAUGACCUGCCUAUAUGGUACGUUCGAGACACCAUGAUUAACUACGCCAUCGAUCAGGAUCUAUCUGAAGCGGUCUUCACUCACAUCCGCGUCCACCAGGGAGGAAGCAGGCGGCUUGCGAAGCUGACCCUUCGUCCGCACUGUGAACCCCAGCAAAAUUGCCACUAUAGACUGGAUGCAUUCAUUUUUCAUGCCGAAAUCUUUAAAGUUCUGGGUUCUACUUGGAUAGUAGAGAUGGAUGUCCUGACUGGAUUGAGAGCGGUAAAGCGUGUUCAGGAUCAUGGUGACAAGCGUGAUUUGUUUGAAGGCAAUAUGCUGAUAGAGAUUAUCUUCAACUCUAUCUGGCUCAAUUCUAUCUGGCCUGCCCAGCAAGAUGACCGUGGUUGGCUGUGGAGCUGGCGUAGCUGGCCACUGCUAGAGGUGGCUGUUAAUAAAACGCCACAGUGA